GAGAAACAGAAAGUAUUCAGGGGUUUAACUGUAUAACAAAGAGUAAUAGAGGAUCUACAGCGUCUAGAAGAAGUUGGAGGAUUUCUUCUUAAUGAAUGUCAGCAAAGUGUGAAUCUGCCACCAGAGUUACCAAGGACAGUGAGCUGAUCACCAGAAGGAAGAACAAAUGGACUGGAUACGGAGGAGCUGGAGAAGCCCUCCAGAAGCUGAGUACCACGGCUUGUUCAACCAUGGGGCAACGUGCUACCUGAACAGUGUGCUGCAGGUUCUGUUCAUGACCAAAGAAUUCAGAGAAGCUGUGAACAGGUUCACCAGUCCCAAUCAGAACUCUAUUGAUCAUCAUCUUAAGGAGUUAUUUGAAGAAUUACAGCAGCGGAAAGCAUACACAUUUAAUAUAUUGAAUGCACUAGAAGUCAUCAACGUGAAUGUACAGCAAGAUGCUGCAGAAUACUUUGAGAGGAUCUUAAGGAAGACCAGUACGAAUGCAGCACAGGUGUUCCAUGGACAGCUGACUCACAGGACCACCUGUUUAGUAUGUCAGACAGAGACUGACAGUGAAGGACCAUUCUGGCAUCUUCCUCUUGACCUGGAAGAGUCUUCUGGAAACUACAGUGUGGAGAAUGGCAUCAAGAUGUUUUUCACACCAACAAUAUUUGAUGGAGAGAACCAGAUGUACUGCGAUAACUGUGAUGUUAAAGUUGAUGCUACCAGAAAAUAUGUAAUAAUUCAUCAUCCAGAUGUUCUUCUUCUUAUGCUGAAGAGGUUUGACUUCAGUUACAAGCACAUGUCAUACAUCAAAAUCAACUGUUAUGCCGAUGUUCCCCACACCUUGAGGGUACCAGAGAAUCAGACAUAUGAGCUGUACGCAGUUGUGGAGCAUUGUGGUGACCUGAGAGGUGGGCAUUAUAAGGCAAUAAUCAGGCCCAAGGAUGAAGAAGUCCAGUGGUACGUCUUUGAUGACACCAACGUCACGCCGCUUGGCCAAAAUCAUUUUCCUGACAAUGUGAACAUUGUAAAUUUCAAGGAUGCCUAUCUUCUAUUUUACAGAAAGAAAGAUUCUUGCAGUGUGGAUUCGUGUUCAGACAAAGAUAACCACCUAUGUACCACCCAGGACUCUGAUCAAAGUCAAAAGGAAGAGAAUCUUCAGGGCGGUGACAACACAGAAACACUUAAUGAGAAUUUUUCUGACAUGGAUGACAGAGCUCAAAAUGCUUGUAACAUUAAGCCAGUGAAUGAUAAGGGGAGGAUACUGGAUAGUUUGUUGACUGAAGCUAAGCCUGAGUCCAAGCAUCUUGGAGAUGGAGAACUGAAUGAGUCAGAAACACACAGUAGGAAGAAACACACAAAGGGCAGGGCUCAAGAUAAGACAAGAUCUAGUUAUGCUCAGGACGUAACGGAGGAUGCACAGAGAGAUGAGCAGACGGAAAACAGAACUGUACUCUCUGCAAAAGAUCAAACUCAAGGUCAUGAUGCUGGAAGAAUAGAGGAUGCAGCCGCUGUUGAUGACGCAGAAAACAACAAACCGCUCCCUACUGAAAAUCUGCCCCACUAUUUUAAAAACACUGAGCAAACUACGUCUGGAAAUAUACAGGCUGACAUUAUUUCUAAUAAUAAUCAAGCAGAAAGUGCUGUGCUUAAUGAGCAAGAAAAACUGAUUGAAUCACAUAGGAAAGAACAGUCAGAUUUUUCUGAACAGUUUUCUGAUAAUGAAGGAUUCAAUAACCUCUCACAAAGGUUAUUGAAUCAAGAUGGCCUUCAUCAUGAUGAUGAUGGUCCAAAGGUAGAUGAAAGUGGAGAAAGCAAACAAAAGGAUGAUCAGAGACAGAUAACAGGAAACAGUGAGAGGAAUAAAAACGGUCUAGGAAAGAAAGAGAACACAGAGAACACUGACAGGAUAGGUAAGUAUCUGUUCAGCCAUAGAAAGGAUAAACGUCUGAAACCCUAUGAGAACAGCCAGGCAAGAAAAAGGGUAAAACAUAAGGAAGAGUACUCUGAUAGUCCUGCACAGUCUUACCAUGAUGAAAGACCAGAGGAUUUACAGAAGGGACACCAUGGACAAGAUGUCCAUUCAGUUUAUGAUGCACAAAAGAAGCUUGACUUAAAGAAAACCAUGAAAAAUAAUAAUAAAAUAGGACCAAUGCUAACAGGAAACCAGAGAGCUGAGAGAGAUGAAGAAACAAGUCAAGAAAAAGUUCAAGCUGACACAAGUAAAGGAUUACAGGGCGCUGCAGCUGGGGGACAUAGUUCAAAGCAGUCCGGACUUGAUUGUAAGACUUUAGAAGUAGAUAUCUGGGAGGUUUCUCCUAGUGGUAGAAGAAAAAAGAAAAUACAAAUAAAAACAACUGUUGAGGAAAUUUCACACAACAGUAUUAAAAGAAAGGAAAAAAACAAUGAAAAGCAUAUUAAAAGAAAUUCAAACGAAGUUGAAGAAGGAAUAACCCCCUCUGAUCCCCUUUUAUUUGAACAUCAAGAUCACACAUUGAAGGAAGUCGCCAGAGAUGCGAAUAAAGACGCAUACAGGCAAAAUUUUUCCCCUGAUGCUGAGUUUGAAACAUGUCAAAACAAGCAUGUAAAAGAGGAAAAAAAAUGUUCAUGUCAGUGCACGUGUGUAUGUUUGUGAGUACAAAGGAAGCAACAAAGAAAAGAAAAGUGACAUUUCUGUGUUUCUCUAUUUCUAGAAAGAGCCAGAAAAAUCUAAUUUAGCUUAAAAAUUCAUCAAAGUGAUUUUAUUAGCAGUAAUUUUUUUGUUGUGAACGCAGCUUCAUAAACUGUUCAGUCCUGCAGGCCUUUAAUGGUCAGGAUACAUGGAAUUAUAGAGAAAUUCAGUCAAAGACCAUUUUCACAUAAUGUAUCAGUCCAGCAAAGGAUUUAAAUAAUGCUGCAUUAGCAUUUUGCUGCUGAAUAUAAUUAAAGUAGCAAUGCUGUGAGUGUCAGGCAAGAAAUUCCAAGUAAAAUAAUUAUGUUAACAUUUUUGUACCUUUUGCUUUUACAUUUUUAGUUGUAUUGCGGUUUUCUGAAAUAAAAUGUGUAAAAAGAUGCCA